UUUAUAUCACCGCGCGCCGCCAUAUUGGUUAGCUUGGCGCUUUUCUCGUGGAAGAUAAUUUUCGCGAGUUAUGGGUGUAUUUAAGAAAUUCAUAUGAUUUUAAUAUUGUGACAUUCAUAUUUGUGAACUAUAGUGCAUUGAACAUUUGUUGGAACUUUAAAAUGGAUCCCGCGAAGAUGAAAGUGGUGGAUCUUCGAUCCGAGCUUGGGGCUUUGGGUUUGGAUACGAAGGGUAACAAACCGGCAUUGGUGGAAAGGUUAAAGAAGGCUCUAGAAGCUAAAACUGGCAAAUCAAUUGCUGAUACAACACUCUUGGACACUUCAACUGAAGAUGCGGAUGAGCCUGCAACGCCUCGACGUCCAGUUGCAGCUCCCAGGACUACUAGACGAUCAUCGUCAUCUAGAUUAUGCUCCACACCAGCCAAGGCUUCAAGAGAAGAUCCUCCAAAGAUUGAUGAAGAGGCAGAUGAAGACUCGUCAGCAGAGGAGACAAAACAAGACUCCAAAAAACCUGACAUACCAUCGUCACCGGUGAAGCAUUCGCAAGAGGAGGAAUCUGAUAGCAAUAAAGGCAAAGGAGAUGAACUUUAUUCUAUAGAUGAUGAGCAGAGCCAAUCACCUGUAGAAGCUAAACCUGAUACAGAUGAUCAGAAUGACUCUCAGGAAGAGAUGCAGGUUAAUGAUCAGGGUGAAAAAGAUGACAAGCCUGAUAAACAGAAAGACGGCGAGGGUGACACAAAGAAGGAGUCAGGUGAUGAGGAAGAACAAGAAGAAAAGGAGAAAAAGAAGGAAGUGCGUAAACGGGAGUUAACAGAAGAGGAAGAGUGGGAGCUCCUCAACGAGAGAUUGAUAGUGAAAGAGAAGGAACGGUUGGAGAGGGAAAAGAAACAAGCAGAGGAAGAUGCCAAACGCUUGGAAGAGUUCAGUAAUAAUCCCAUAAAGUUGCAACGUCUGAAGAAGAAGCAAGAGAAAAAGAAGCGUUGGAGAGACUACUACCGUUCCAUAGAGGUCACCAACGAAGUACUCGCGCCGCCCAUCGAAGAGCCACCUCGAAACAAGAAACAACCGGUCGAGCCCAAAUUUGUGGAGCCCGAACUAGAUGACAACAAAAUCACUCUGUCUUGGUAUGACAGUGACUUGAAUCAGUACUUGGAGCUACCGGAGCUAAAUUCCGUGGUGCCGCUCAGUGAGGGUGCCUUUGCCCACGCGUGGGCCGGCGUCAGGGCGUCGCACGGCGUGGCCAGUGGUCGGGUGUGUUACGAGGUUCGCAUGGGUACAGUCGUGACAACCACAGAGACGACGGAGAAGGAGGUAGUUGCGAGCGGUUUGCGCGUCGGCUGGUCCACUGUAGACUCCACAUUGCAUCUCGGCGAAGGAGAGCUGAGCUGGGGCUUUGAGAGCACCGGCCGCGCUGUCAGCAACGGCGAGUUCAAGGAGUACGGGAAGGCGUUCAACGAGAAGGACGUGCUCGGCGUCUACUUGGACCUGGAGUCCAGCCCGUGCAAGAUAUCGUACACGCUGAACGGCGCCGAGCUCGGCACAGCGUUCGAGUUCGACCGGCAGGCGCUCGGCGGCCGGCCCCUGUUCCCGCACGUGCUCACCAAGAACGUGUGCUACCGCGUCAACAUGGGAUACGAUAGAUACAACAUGCUCUCCAGAACGAAAAUUGUAAGAAAAAGGAUCGAGAUACCGAUCGAGGAAGUUCUGGAAGAGAAAAGAAAGAGGGAAGAAGAGAUCAAACGGCAGAAAGACGAAGCAACUAAGAGGGAAAGGGAACGUCGCGAGAGAGAUAGAAAAGAAAGAGAGGAGAGGCAAAGAAAAAAGCGAGAGGAAAGAGAGAAAAUAGAAAAAGAGCGCAAAGAGAAAGAUGCACAAGAGAAGAAGGAGAAGGAAGCCCAGGAAAGAAAAGAGAAGGAGGAGAGCAUGGAAGUGGAAGACAAGGAGAAGACGGAGACAGAGGAAACUCCUAAAGCUGAUGACAAAGAAGAGGAAGUUGUCAAGGAUCCUAAAGAGAACGGUGAGAAGUCUGAGGCGACGGCCACAGUGGAAGUGAAGCAGGAGCCGAUGGAGACUGAGGAGCAGCCGGCCGAAGCGCCUGCCAAGGAGACCAGCGCCGGCGUCAAAGAGGAGCCCUCCAACGACGUCGUGGAGGUGACAGAAGAAGAGGCGCUCAAAGGAUAUGCUCUAGACAAGCGCAUCAAAUACGUCAUAAGAUACACGGUCGAUGAGGAGUUAGACGGCACGGAGCCUUGCUUGCUGCCUGGAUACAUCCUCAUAGCGCAAUCAGACCUCGUGGAGGGAGCGCGCAGACCCGCCACCAACGCGGACUGUGAGGUUAUCCUGAUGGUCGGCAUGCCCGGCGCCGGCAAGACCUACUGGGCGAAGAAGCGUUGCACCGAAUAUCCCGAGCGUCGGUACAACCUGAUCUCCACGGGGGCGCUCUUUGACAAGAUGAAGGUGGACUGUAAGCCCUUCCGGGCCAACUACGAAGGGAAGUGGGACGCGAUGGUGACUAAAUGCGCCAAGUGCGUGCUAAAAUUGUUGGAUAUGGCCAAGGGGAGGCGCAGGAAUUUCAUCCUCGACCAGACAAAUGUAUACCCGUCGGCCCAACGGCGCAAGCUCAGGGAGUUCGACGGAUUCAAGCGGCUCGCCGUCGCCGUGGUAGUGGACGACGAGACGCAGAAGGAACGCGCCGCGACGCGCGAGGCCGCCGACGGCAAGGAGGUGCCCGACCCGGCCAUUGUGGACAUGAAAGCCAACUACAGUUUACCCGAGCGCAGCUCGUGGCUUGACGAGGUGAUAUACCCGGAGUUGCCGGAGGAGGAGGCGAAAGCGGUGAUCGAAGGGUACCAUCGCGAGGCAGCGGCUGCGGGCGCUGUCAAAGAGAAGGACAAGAGGUCGCGGUCGGCUUCUAGGGAUGGCCCGCCGGCGAAGAGACAACGCUCCUCGGACAGAAACCGAGACCAUCGCAGACAGAGAGACCACAGGGGUGACCGGGAAGACAGAUGGGGUGGUGGCGGCGGCGGCGGCGGUGGCGGCGGUGGCAGUCGCUGGGGGCCCGCGGGACAAGGCGGUCCAGGAGGCCCGGGCGGCCAGGGAGGCCGCGGGGGUGGUGGAGGUCGUUGGGGAGGCGGCGGCGGCGGGGGUGGAGGCCGCGACCGAGGGGGCAUGGGCUCCGGCCCCGCGCAGCGCUUCGACCGGUGGGGAGGACCACAGGGACCUUCCAGAAACGACUUUGGCGGGGGUCGUGAUCGUGGAGACUUCCGCGGGGGUCGGGGCGGACACGGUGGACCUGGCGGGCCCGGAGGUCCUGGUCCGGGCGGGCCUCGCCAGGAUCGCGGUCCGGGAGGCCCCGGUGGGCCGGGAGGCAUGGGAGGUCCAGGAGGCAUGGGCGGUCCGGGCUCGAGGGGCCCGCAGGGAGAUAGGUUCCAGAGAGAUAACAGGCCUCAGAGAGGAGGACCUCCGGAUAACAAGCGUGGAGGAGGGCCCAUGCAAGGAGGUCAAGGCAGCGGCGGUGGUGGUGGUGGUGGCGGCAGCGGUGGCGGCGGCGCUGGCUCGUGGCAGCGCGGCUCUCAGCAGCAGAACCGCCAGCCGAGACCCAACCAGCAGAUGAGCAGACAGGACGGCAACAACCAAAACCAGAAUCAGAAUCAAAACCAAAACCAAAACCAGAACCAGAACCAAAAUCAAAACCAGAACCAGCAAAGCUGGAACCAGUGGGCCGGCGGCUGGGGCGGUUGGGGCAAUUGGAACAACCAGAACCAAGGCUGGGGCAACUGGGGCAAUUGGGGCUGGGGCAACCAGCAGCCGGGCGGCAACCAGCAGCAGGGCAGCAGCGGUAGCGGCGGCGGCGGCAAGAACCAGAACCAAAGCCAGAACCAGAACCAGCAGCAGUGGCCAAACAACUACACCGCGCAGCAGUGGUACCAGUGGCAGCAGUGGCAGCAGCAGCACGGCUGGCCAGGGUAUCAACAGGGCCAGCAGCAGUCGCAGUCGGGCACGCAGCAGAACACGCCCACGGCCACCAACGCCGCCGACGCCGCGCAAGCGUGGGCGCAGUACUACCAGAACUACGGCGGUGCGAACACGGGUAACUCUAACUCCAACUCUAACGCCGUGGACAAGAAGUGACGCAACGCAUCCGCCGAGCGGCGCUAGGCGCGGGCGAUGGCGAGCCAACGUCCACCGCACGAUACACGGCUCACUGCACCUCUCCACUGACUACUGUGAACACAGUUCGCGUCUAAAGCUAGUUUCUGCUUUGCUGACUCUUACAGACACAAACGCAAAUCUUCCUGACUUUUAAUUAUAAUUAAUCUCAGACCAAUUAUAGAAGGACCUGUAUCGCACUCUUAGUCACGAACAAAAUUUUCUGUCAUUUUCUGAGGAAAACGAGUUUAGAUUUUAUAUGUAUCUUAUACUAAAGUAGAAGUUUUUGCCUGUUUUUAAACAAUUCAAUUACACAAAAAGGUAUUUUUACGGAGCUCUUUAACCGACGAACACGAUUACAACUAUUUAACAUCGAUUUUAUAGAGACAGUUUUUAUAAUCGCAUUAGAUUGUUGAUCAUAUACUUUGACAGAAAAGUAACGUCUAGCGAGGCAGGUCCUAUACAAUAAUUGGUCUGAGUAAUUAAUACAUCCAAAUUCCAAAGCCAAUCCAUUGAUUAAAAAAUACAAUAUCUGUAGAACUUAUGUUGCGGGCAGUUCAUUAUUUUCAACAUAUUGUAGUUUGCUGUUUGAAGUCUUUAAAAGGCGCAUUCGUUUUAAACUUUAGAUAGAAGCCGUUUUUCGUUACUUACUCGCUAUUGUCUAGUGAUAUUUCAUAUAAUUUGGGUUUUAGAUAAUAUAGGAAUUACUUAGUGUUUUUCAAUAUAAUAUUUCUGUUUGUGAUAGUCUUGCAUGAAAAUGGUGAAAAUCUUUUUUUUGUAUUAAUAAAUCUCUCACUCAGCACGAUUGAUUUUGUGGAUUUGAGAUAAAUUACAAAAUAGCCUGAGAGUCUACAGACGAAACUGCUAUAAUACCAAAUUUCAACACAAUGAAUAAUUUUCAAAAAAACUUGCUGAGUAUUUUUGGAUUUUUACUUGAUCGCCUUGAUAAUUGAUAUUUUUAAAUGAAAUGAAAUUUAUGUUUAGGUAUAAUAAUAUAUGUUUAGGUAAUAAAUGUUUGGGUAAAAGUCUUAUCUUUAUAAAUGGUUUUACUUAGUUUAAGUUUUUUUUUUUAUAAAAUUAAAUCAAUUCAAUAGUAUUAUUUUUUUUUUACAAAAAUCUUCUUGUUUGCAAAAUAUUGUACGUGGACUCUCGGACUUUUUAAAUUACUCUGUAUAUAAACAAUCAUCAUCAGCACACAUAUAGGUAUAUAUUAUAAAAAUCUAUUCAAGCGAUUGGACCCCUAGUUAGAUGGUAAGACGGUUUGUUUAUAAAUGACUGGUACAAUUGUAAUACUGUGUGAAUGGAAGCGAUGGCUUCGCGCGUGUACAAAACGUAAGCUUACUGUGGUAGUAGGUUUGAAUGUCAUUCGUAAAAAUUAAUUAAGUAUAAUAAUAAAAUAAUAUAAGCACA